GCAGAGAUAUGCUACGAACAGCUGGAGCUGGGUGUGUCGAAGGCGGAGGUCACAGCAUUGCGAGAUAAUCUUCUCAGGCAGUGCCAUGGCAGACCGGCUCCUCUUUUCCCAAAGCCCACGCUGCAGCCGACGCCGCCGCCAGCAAAGGAGGCGUCCGCGAAGAAGGAGGAGGAGAUCCCCUCCGGAAAGGCUUUGGACGUCAAGUAUGACAAGGCUUCCAAGGGUGACCAGGAAGCUGCACAGGCAGCGCUCCUGGCUGCGAUGACUGUGGCCCCGGUGGUUCCGGCCGCCACGGUGCCCGAAGUAGCCCCCGAACCGGAGCCAGUGGCGACUGAAGCGGCGCCGGCAGAGCCCGAGGAGACCACGCCCGCCACGAAGAGCCGCAAAAAGAAGUGGCUGGGCAACGGGCGGAUAGAGGGACGAGCAGCCCACCUGCCCAACGCAUCCAUCAAUGGCACGUACUACGUGAAAGAGAAGACCAUGCUUUUUCACGGUCGCCCCUGCUGGGAGAAGCCAAGCGCAAAUCUGGAGGAGCGUCGGGUGAUAUUCUUCAGCAAUCCGCUCUUGCAGUGGAAGAUCAGUGACCGCUUCGACGAUCAAGCGGAUGUCUAUGCGUUCGCGAACGCCAGAGAUCUCGACGACAAAUCCGCACCCACAGGAGCGAGCUUAAAGUGGUGCGUCUUCGACGGCAAGGAGCACAUCUUCGAUCCGGAGGUUCGCUUCGUGGAGCUGGAGGACGAGGAGGAGCCAGAGAAAAAGCGCAAGAAAGCUGCAGAACCCGCCAAGGAGGAGGGCACGCC